ACGUUAUUAUAUGCCCUACGGUUUGCAAGUUUAUAAGCGUGUGGCCCUCGUUCGAUUUCCCUGUGAGCAGUUGUGCAGUGUGAACGGUACUGAGACGCCGCAAAAUCGUUGGCUCGUCGAAAAGACGUAGGUUUCACCAGUCGUCCCGAGCUAAGCCAAUCUUCUUUCUACGACUUCACAGAUAUCGACCGGUUUUUCUGCAUUUGAAGAAUAUCGACAUAUUCAUCGAUCUCAUUGACUUGGGCUAAUCAAAAAGUGAGCUAGAAGCAAGAAUAUAAACACGUGUUUAGGGCGGAUUCACUGCAAGGGCCAAUCACGAUCAUGCAGACGGGCUGGCUUGGCCAACAGAGGGGCGUGGUUCUAUCCACCUUCCGCAAGUUGAGACUCCAGCAUCGGGCAGCACCGACUUCAACCACCAUCCCUGUAACUGUAGUCCCAUCGCGCAGUAUCGUAACGCCGGCCCUACACCUUAAGAAAGAAACUGGGCUAUGCCUCCCCUCGCGGCAGCGUUCCACUUUGUCUUAUCUCGACCACCAGUCAACAACCGCUCGAACCACCACACUGUUGUUUACCCCCACUACUGUGAAGCAACAACAUUCAGUCGGUCAGUUCCAUACAUACUGCUGUCAACGUAGAGGUGAUUUUAUUGGACAAGUCAACGUUGCUCGAACCAUGGCGACUGUUGCAGCCCCAAGUCACGUAGAUCUCGUUUUGAAUGUCGAUAACAUUAACCCUAAUGUCAAGGCUAUGGAAUAUGCUGUCAGAGGACCCCUCGUUAUUCGAGCUGGAGAAAUUGAAAAGGAGCUGGCUAUGGGAGUCAAGAAGCCGUUCACUGAAGUUAUUAAGGCUAACAUUGGCGACGCGCAGGCGAUGGGACAAAAGCCAAUUACCUUCAUUCGCCAAGUGAUUUCGCUUGUUGCCUACCCAGACUUGCUGAGCAGCAAAGAAUUCCCCGAAGAUGUCAAGUCACGAGCUCGAGCCAUUCUCGAAUCCAGCAGGGGAAGUGCGGGUUGUUACAGCGACUCGGCCGGUUUAGAACUCGUUCGUAAUCAUGUUGCCAAGUACAUUGAACGUCGUGACGGGUUUCCAGCUGAUCCGAGCAACAUUAUUCUCUGUGCUGGGGCUUCUGAGGGCAUCCGAUCUACGCUGAAAAUGUUGUCCACGAUUAGCGGCCCACGUACCGGAAUCAUGAUCCCGAUUCCGCAGUAUCCUCUUUAUUCGGCUUCGAUCGUCGAGUACAACAUGGAGCAAGCCGGUUACUACUUGGACGAAGAUAACGACUGGGGUCUUGAUGUAGCCGAACUCGAGAGAGCGGUUAAAGAAGCACGCAAACGAUGCAACGUUCGUGGAAUUGUUGUAAUCAACCCUGGAAACCCAACUGGCCAAGUGCUAACCCGAGAUAACAUCGUCGAAGUCAUCAAGUUUGCCCACCGGGAAAAACUGUUUAUCUUCGCCGAUGAGGUUUAUCAAGACAAUGUUUACGCAGACAACAGAGAAUUCCAUUCGUUCAAGAAAGUGACAAAAGAAUUGGGCGACCCUUACGACAAGUUGGAACUGGCUUCUUUCUUAUCCUGUUCCAAGGGUUACAUGGGAGAAUGCGGAUUGCGAGGGGGAUAUGCUGAGAUUGUCAAUAUGGAUCCAGAAGUUAAGGCGCUUUACCUAAAAAGCAUUUCUGCUAAACUUUGUCCUACCGUUCUCGGACAGGCCGUAAUGGAUUGCGUGGUUAAUCCUCCCCAACCUGGUGAACCGUCCUAUGAACUCUUUUCCAAAGAAAAGGCAGCCGUCCUUAAAUCUCUAUCUGAGCGUGCAAGCAUGAUCGCUAAAGCCUUCAACUCUAUUCCUGGCAUCAAAUGUAAUACUGUUCAGGGUGCCAUGUAUGCUUUCCCGGAGGUCAAGAUCCCCGAGAAAGCAGUUGCCAAAGCCAAAUCACUAGGCCAAGCACCUGAUGUAUUCUUUGCUUUCCAACUUCUCGAGCAAACCGGAAUGUGCUGCGUUCCCGGAUCGGGAUUUGGCCAGAGGCCUGGAACUUACCACUUCAGGACGACCAUCCUUCCGCAGCCAGAAAAACUGCAAAUUAUGUUGGAUAAAUUCCGUUCCUUUCAAGAAAGUUUUUUAAAAGAGUACCAAUAAGUUAGUAGCAGAUUGCACAUUUCCUUUUCCUCACUUUCGAUACUUGUGCUUUAUUCGGGAUCACAUACGACACAUGUAGGGAGUCUACCAUAUAGGGACGCAACACUUUUAUGCAAUACGUAUUUUUCACUUCAUGUUAUUUGUUUAUGCCAAACUUGGCAAGCAAACUUGGCAUUCAACAAGUCCAAAUACCUUCAGUGCCUUUUGCGAAUUUAUGGUUUUCUCGUAUGGUCAGCCGUUAAUGUAUUUGUUUCCUUUCAUUUAUCGGCACACGUUAUAAGUACGAAUAUUCAAAGUUAUGGAAAUGUACGAAAUAAAAUGAAAAUUAUAAGAGGCUAAA